UAUUGCACCCUCCUCCUCCCUGCUCUCUCUCUCUCAUCUGAUAGUGUAAUCUUUGUUUUUCUGCUUGUUAUUUUCUUUUCUUCCAAGCUUUAGAUAAAGAGAUACAUAUAUCAUCUUCGUCAUCAUCUUGUAAGGUGUACCUCGUAUAAAAUCCAAAGAAAAAAUAGGAGAGAAAGCAUGUGUGGAAUACUAGCAGUUUUGGGUUGUUCUGAUGACUCUCAGGCCAAGAGGGUUCGCAUCCUCGAACUCUCCCGCAGAUUGAAGCAUCGUGGGCCAGACUGGAGUGGGCUAUAUCAUCACGGGGACUUCUACUUGGCACAUCAACGUCUAGCAAUCGUUGAUCCAGCUUCCGGUGAUCAACCUCUCUUCAAUGAAGACAAGAAGAUUGUUGUCACGGUGAAUGGAGAGAUAUACAACCACGAGGAACUGCGCAAGUGUUUGCCUAAGCACAAGUUUCGGACUGGUAGUGAUUGUGAGGUUAUCUCACAUUUGUAUGAAGAGUAUGGAGAAGAGUUUGUGGACAUGUUGGAUGGAAUGUUUUCAUUUGUGUUACUAGAUACCCGCAACAACAACUUCAUCGCUGCCCGUGACGGCAUUGGGAUCACUUCCCUCUAUAUUGGAUGGGGACUGGAUGGAUCAAUUUGGAUUUCCUCUGAACUGAAAGGCUUGAAUGAUGACUGUGAACAUUUUGAGGCCUUUCCACCCGGUCACUUGUACUCGAGCAAAGAAGGCGCACUCCGAAGAUGGUACAACCCUCCCUGGUUCUCUGAGGCCAUUCCAUCAACCCUAUACGAUCCAAUUGCAUUAAGGGUUGCUCUUGAAAAUGCUGUGAUUAAAAGGCUAAUGACCGAUGUACCCUUUGGAGUUCUGCUAUCUGGAGGCCUAGAUUCAUCCUUGGUGGCUUCCAUCACCUCCCGCCACUUGGCCGGCACCAAAGCUGCCAAGCAAUGGGGACCCCAACUCCAUUCCUUCUGUGUUGGCCUUGAGGGUUCACCAGAUUUGAAGGCCGCAAAAGAAGUUGCAGACUAUUUAGGUACCAUUCACCAUGAGUUUCACUUCACUGUACAGGAUGGGAUUGAUGCCAUUGAGGAUGUCAUUUACCACAUUGAAACAUACGAUGUGACGACAGUCAGGGCAAGCACACCUAUGUUCCUCAUGUCUCGUAAAAUCAAGUCGUUGGGAGUGAAGAUGGUCUUGUCCGGUGAAGGCGCUGAUGAGAUUUUCGGUGGGUAUCUGUACUUCCACAAGGCACCCAACAAGGAAGCGUUCCACCACGAGACUUGUCACAAGAUAAAAGCUCUCCAUCAAUAUGAUUGCUUGAGGGCUAACAAAGCAACAUGUGCGUGGGGGCUGGAAGCUCGGGUCCCCUUCUUGGAUAAAGAAUUCAUUAAUGUCGCAAUGAGCAUUGACCCCAAGUGGAAGAUGAUUAAGCGGGAUGAAGGGCGAAUUGAGAAAUGGGCUCUGAGGAGGGCCUUUGACGAUGAAGAGAAACCCUAUUUGCCCAAGCAUAUUCUCUACAGGCAGAAAGAGCAGUUCAGUGAUGGUGUUGGCUACAGCUGGAUCGAUGGGCUCAAAGACCACGCCACUCAACAUGUGACCGACAAAAUGAUGCUCAAUGCUGCACAUAUCUUCCCUCAUAAUACCCCAACCACAAAGGAAGCCUACUACUACAGAAUGAUCUUCGAGAGGUUCUUCCCACAGAACCCGGCCAGGCUGACAGUCCCUGGAGGAGCAAGUGUAGCUUGCAGCACAGCGCAAGCUGUUGAGUGGGACGCUUCUUGGUCAAACAAUCUAGAUCCUUCCGGAAGGGCUGCACUCGGAGUCCAUCUUUUAGCUUAUGAUCCCCCCUCACCCUCUGCCACUACCGGCAACUUGGCAACUGAGGUUAUUGUUGUCGUGCCUAAGGUUAUGAGUGUUCCCGGAGUCGCCAUCCAAAGCUAGUAAAAAUUAUCAUACCACCACUGUUUUCAUGUGUGUGUGUGAUGGUAGAAUUUGUAUCCUAUAUUAUGUGAAAGUGAAAUAAUAUUUGCUAAGGUGGUCUAUUAGCCUUGACCUUUUGUAUUUGAUGUACAAGGUUUUGAAACUUGAUGUAUCUUGUAAUUUGUUUACAAAGGAGUUCUAAUUGGUGCUAGACUAUCCUUCUCAUGAUGUAGGAGGCUUCGGUUUGGUUA